AUGAGUUUGAAGCAAAGCCUGUUCAGGUCAUGGCGACGGUUGUAUUCACCUGCAAAGUGCACCCGUAAUCAACGAAAACAAAGGAUAUGUAGCACUGUGAAUAAAUGUAAGCGCUUACUAACUUCAUGCGUACUGUCAAUCAGCCUGCUGGUUGGUUUAGCCGCCACUGCCGAAGACAUUGGCCAAUUCCUCAAACCCGGUCACCCCGAUGUGUAUACCGUGGUAAAAGGAGACACCUUAUGGGACAUCAGCGGCACGUUUUUGUCCAAGCCCUGGUUGUGGCCUGAAAUCUGGCAGAUCAACCCGCAAAUUGACAACCCUCACCUUAUUUACCCCGGAGACCAGAUUGCUCUGGUUUACGUUGAUGGCCAACCUCGUCUGCAACUGCGACGCGGUGACGCUGGCCGGACGGUGAAAUUAACACCGUCAGACACGGUCAGCCUGCAGCCUCAGAUUCGUGCCACGCCGUUGGAGUCUUCGAUUCCAGCCAUCAGCCUCGAUGCAAUUCAGGGUUUCCUCGUGCAGAACCGCGUUAUUGAACCAGCUGUUUUGGAUGCUGCACCUUAUAUAGUGCAAGGCGAAGCCGAACGACUGGUGCUGGGCGCGGGUGACCGUGUUUAUGUCCGAGGCGAGCUGGCAGACAGUGAAUCUUUUAACUUUGUGCGCCGCGGACCACUUUAUGUGGACCCCGACACACAGGAAAUUCUGGGGCGUGAAGCGACUUACAUUGGUCUGGGUACAGCAGUGGCUCAAGAUGCAGAUGUGGCCACCAUGGCAGUGACCAGCACCCGCGAAGAAGUACAGAUUGGUGAUCGCGUAUUACCAACAGAAGAACGUCGCGUAGACGCAAAUUUCUUUCCCAGUGCCCCUGUUGACGAUAUCAACGGCGAAAUCAUCUCAGUAUUCAGUGGUGUGACUCAGGUCGGUCAGUACGACGUCGUAGUGAUCAAUCGUGGUGAACGCGAAAAUCUUGAAGUUGGUAAUGUGCUGGCGAUCUACAAGAAAGGCGCUGUAGCACGCGAUCGCAUAGCGAAUGAAAACAUUCGUCUGCCCAGCGAGCGCGCCGGUCUGUUAAUGAUUUUCCGUACCUUCGACAAAUUGUCUUAUGGCCUGGUGUUAAACACCGAACGUCCGCUGGCCGUGAGCGACGAGGCGAUGGAGCAAUAUGUAGAUCCUCAAACUGCUUUGCUCGAUGGCGGUCUCGCGAAAACCCUCAAGCAGAUCGCCCGCGCGCGGUCUAAAUCAACGUCGCGCCCUGCGCCAGCGCCCUCAUCCUGCGCAGUGGUGGGCUUGUUUGAUGUUGAUUUUCCACCGCUGUUGAAGAUCAUUCCUGAUCCGCCACUGGUGCUGUAUUACCGCGGCGCGAUAAAACUACUGCACAAUACAAGCGCCAUUGCUGUGGUCGGCGCCCGCAGUUGUACCAGCGCUGGAAGAUUGCUGGCGCAGCAAAUGGCAAAAGAUCUGUCGCUCCGUGGGUUGACCAUUGUGAGCGGUUUGGCGCUGGGUAUAGACGGUGCGGCCCAUCGUGGAGCGUUGAGCGCCGUUGAGCUGAAUGCCGGCGCGCCUGUAAAGCCAGGUUUGACCGUGGCGGUGCUGGGCAGUGGUUUGAAUCACAUUUAUCCGCAACGUCAUCGCCAGUUGGCGGCGGAGAUUAUCGCGGCCGACGGUCUGCUGUUGUCUGAGUACCCGCCAUCAAGAGGUCCCAGGCCACAUCACUUUCCUGAGCGCAACCGUUUGAUCAGCGGCAUCUGCGGGGCGACGGUAGUUAUCGAAGCGGGUGAAAGAAGCGGUUCACUUAUCACGGCGCGGCUGGGGUUGGAGCAGGGUCGUGAUGUUAUGGCUGUACCUGGCCCGGUUUCCAGUAGCGUCAGCGCGGGUUGCCACCGCCUCAUUCAACAAGGUGCAGCUCUGGUGACUGAUGCGGUAGAUGUUCUGUUUGCGCUGGGCAUCGAAGCCACUGCCGAGAAAAACGAGGACCCAACAGAUUCCUUUCACGAAAGCUUGCCACAGAUACAUUUACCCUCUGAAGAGCACUCACUGGUAUUGACUUGUAUUCAAGGCCUACCGGUGACGCUGGACGAAGUCUGCCUGCAAACGGAUCAGUUUAAGACCAGCGGCGGCCAGGGUAUGAAUGUAACUGUGCCGUUCAAGAUCGAUGCCUAUAACUAUGUGGACAGAGUUGAUGAACAUGCACAGGCAGCCGCGGCAGUAAAUACCAUCAAAUUUGGUGUGGACGGCCAAAGCCAUGGGUUCAAUACUGACGGUAUUGGUCUAUUGCGCGACCUCACCAACCGUCACCAUGUUGAUUUGAAGAAUAAGCAUGUGCUCUUGAUUGGCGCUGGUGGUGCUGCACAAGGCGCGCUCCUGCCGUUGCUGCAGGCGGGCAUCAGGCGGUUAACGCUGAUGAAUCGCACGCUUGAAAAAGCGCAAAAGCUCCUGCAGCAACCUGAAUUCACUAAAGUCGGAGUGGAACUGUCGGCGCGGCCUCUUAACCUGCAGGAUGAACCUGCGGAUUUAGUGAUUAAUGCAACCUCCUUCGGGCUCGGAGAUGAACCUGUCCCUUUGCAACCGGGCCUGGUCAACGACGCGUUCUGUUAUGACAUGAGUUACGGGUCUGCGGCAAAAUUCUCCCGCUGGGCGGCUACCGCAGGGGCUCUGAUGAGCGUUGAUGGUUUAGGUAUGUUGGUGGAGCAGGUAGAUAUUUUCAAGAAACGCUUUAUUGCCGGAGCGGUCUGUCCAGAUUGCCAGGCUGUUGAUCGUAUCGUGGUGGAAACCGGGAUGCAGAAUGUUGCCGAUAGUGACCUCAACGAUCCGCAUCAGGAAGUCUCUCGACGCCGCUGUGUAGCUUGUGGCUUUGCAGACGAAUUCUCCACGGAUACCCUGGUCAAUUCUCAAGGCGUCCCGCGAGGUAAACCGGAAAGGCCGAAAUCCAACCUGGGUCAACCCGCAACGCCUGCCCAGGCGGUCAAGAUUCUCGAUCCUGUGGUGCGCCCGAAAUCCUGA